AUGGCAAAAGAAGAAACAGUAACUGAGAGAAAACCAAAGCUUCAACAGACGACCUUGAACUUUUUCUUGACCAAGAGACAACCUACAGAGUCUCCAGAACUAGGCACAAGUAAAAAAAGAAGAGUUGAAACAUCAACAACAACAGCUACAACAAAUGAACAUGUGCGACCACCGCCCAAGCUUACUCCUAUUCAGUUGAUAUACAGUCAACAAGAGAUCUGGAUACGCCUUCAGAUUCGUGAAUUCAUGUUUAGAUUUGGUCAUCUUUAUGACUUUGAUCAUAGUAUAUUAGGCCCUUUACAAAAUGUGCAAGGUGACUGGCGAAUGAAACGUUUUGGAGCUACGAUCGUCUGGAAAUGUCUUGUUCUUUUGAGGACAGGUUCCUUUGAGCUUUCUACCCAAGUGAUUCAACGAGCCAAGAUGAUCAUUAACAAAUGGAUGCAAGAAAAAGAUAUUCAUGAGUUGUAUGAUCGACAAGAGCAACAAGAUCAGGCACUUGCAGAGGCUUUGCAGCUAGAAGGUAUGACAGUAGAUCGAUGGAAAGAUAUGUGGACUCUACUUAAAGAAGCCGAUGAGAAUAUACCAGAGCUUACACAUGGAGUGAAACGUGUGACGCAAGAGAACGAAUUAGGGAUGAUACUAAAGCUUUUAGAACUACUGCUAUUUGAAAAAAGAGCACAUGAAAGCCUAGUGAGCAAUAUGCCUAAAGAAAAGGAAGUAGAACAUAAAAAAGAGACAAAGGAAUAUCAAAUACGUGAAUCGAAUCAUAAAGCUAAACGUAAAUCGCUGAUGAAUAAAAUGCAUCAACUCGAAUGCUUGAAACAAAAGGAGAACGAACUGACAAAGAUAAGAAGUCAAAUAGAGGAUAUAGAAACAUGUAUUCGGGACGAAUGUACAACUUUUCAUAGCAAAAGGCUCGAGUUUAUACGAUAUCAACUCAGACUUAAUCGACGAAUGCAGUCUGCAGGACAUGACAGACUAGGAAAUGAAUAUUGGAUUUUCAGCGAUUUGUUAGAUCAAGCGUAUCGUAAUAGUGAACCCUAUUGGGCUUAUGGUAUCGUCAUCAUUGGGCCUGGAUUUGGUGAUAGUGUAGAACUCAAGUGGUGGUCUAUAGAAGGAAAAAAGGAAAUGGAAACCCUAAGUAAAUGGUUAAAGUGGCAUCAUGGUCAAGAGAUAAAACAGUUAAUUGAGCUGAUACAUCAAAGAAUUGAUUAUUUAAAUUCACUAGAAUGGGCCAUUUAUGGUGAAGGCUUCUUUUCAUAA